GAAGUAUCCUGUGCUACGCGACUUGAAAUUGAACGGCACAAAACGGAGAGUGCGGAAGAAAAUUCAACAAAUUAUAAUAAAGUAACUAAAAUUGAUGUUGGCGGACUAGAUGAACAAAUUGAAAUGAUAGAGGAAGCGAUAGAUAUGGCUUUUGGACUAAAUGUUGUACCUGCAGGUGUGAAAGUUUCGCGUGGUUUUCUUUUACAUGGCCCCACUGGUUACGGCAAGAGCUUACUCUGCCAAGUCAUGUGCUCAACAAUGCAGGAGAAGACUGCUAAAUUAACCAAAGUCGAGCUGAUUCGGAUUAACACCAGCGAAUUAUUUAGCAAAUUCCUCGGCGAAACGGAAAAAAAUCUAAUGUCUCAUUUCGAGAAGGCAUUCGAAAACUACCCGACCCCCACUCUUAUCGUCAUAGAGGACGUGCACAAUCUUUGUCCAAAGUAUGAGACAAAUGAAAUGACCAAACGUGUGGGAGCGGCCUUUCUAAGCGCGCUGGACAUCCUAAACGGACCGAAAAAGGAAGCACAACGCAUCUUCUUGUUAGCUACAACAUCUCAAAUCGACGCACUGAAUCCAAAUGUACGCCGCUGUGGUCGUUUGGAUAGCGAGAUUGAAAUCAGCGCACCGACGCCUAAGCAACGCGCUGCCAUACUAAGCUGUCUUCUCCGUAGCAUUACACAUAAACUCUCACCUGCCGACAUUGAUGAUGUGGCUCAAGUGCUGCAUGGUUAUGUUGGUGCUGAUUUGGCCAAUCUUGUGUACGCCGCUUCGUUACGUGCGCUAAAAGAUGAUGCACGACCUCUGCAUUUGCAAGACUUGCAUGCCGCACUGACACUUAUUAAACCAUCGGCUAUGCGUGAGGUGCUCAUAGAAAACCCGAAUGUGCAUUGGAGUGACAUCGGUGGACAGGCCGAAUUGAAACUGAAGCUCAAACAGGCUAUAGAAUGGCCACUACUGCAUCCAGAUAAGUUUGAACGGCUCGGUUUGAAACCGCCUCGAGGUAUUCUAAUGUUCGGUCCGCCAGGCUGUUCCAAAACAAUGAUCGCCAAGGCGCUUGCCACCGAAAGUCAACUGAAUUUUCUCUCCAUAAAAGGGCCCGAAUUAUUCUCGAUGUGGGUGGGCGAAUCGGAGCGUGCAGUACGCGAAGUCUUUCGCAAGGCGCGUCAAGUAGCGCCGGCCAUUGCGUUCUUCGACGAAAUCGAUGCCAUUGGUGGCGAGCGAGCUGAUGGUGGCGAUGGCGGUUCGGGAACGUCGGUUAAAGAACGUGUGCUCACUCAACUGCUCACUGAAAUGGACGGUGUUGAGGCUUUGGAAAAUGUCACUAUUGUAGCAGCAACUAAUCGACCAGAUAUGAUUGACAAAGCACUGUUGCGCCCGGGACGUUUCGAUCGUAUUGUCUAUGUUGGACUGCCCGAUACCGAGGCACGUCAAGAAAUCUUUCGCAUAAAAUUAUUGCCAAUGCCAUUGGCAGCUGAUGUAGAUUUGCAAAAGCUUGUGCAACGUACUGAAGGAUAUUCAGGUGCCGAAAUACAGGCCGUAUGUCAGGAGGCGGCAUUGAAAUGUCUGGAGUAGAGUUUUGAAGCUGAGCGUGUACGAUGAACGCAUUUCGAGUACGCAUUAAAUGCCGUGCAACCGCGCACGAAUCCCGAGCUCUUACAGCUCUACGAUCAGUAUAUUAAGCAAAAAUAACAUCGCCAGUUUGAAAAUAUGUACAUCCUAACAAACUUGCUGAUUUGUACAGAAAUCGAGUAUGUCAUUCUUUGUAAAAACGCUACUAUUGUGUGCUUGUGUCACUACUUUCCGUGUCCGUUGAUGUAUUUUCUAGAUUGCACUCUGUGUUCAUACAGUGCAAGCCACCCAAAUUGGCUAUAUUGCUUAGAACAUUAUAACUAGUUUGUUGCGCUAUGUUGAGACUGCGCUUACGCCGUCAGUUGCUCCGGCGGCUACCACCACCUCUGGUGUUCCCAAAAUAUUCAUUAAUGCAGAGUGCUUUAAUACUUGGUCUGCCGCUUUGAAUCCCAAUUCGACAUUUUUGCUGCGUAUCAUUAGAAUAAUGGAAAUUAUCAGAUGUAUGAUUUACAUAAGUUUAAUAGAAGUGAAAUAAAUAUGUACCCUUUCGAAUGCUUUUUCAUAUGCCGCGCCAAGGCUGAUGAUUGAUUAAAUUUCCAAGGACAAA